GAUAAUGCAUUAUUCGGGUGCCAAUGCAAACAAUUAUUUGCCAUCAGCAAGUGCACCACAUGUGUCUAUGUACUCUGCACCGCCGCAGUCUUCCUCCAUGAUUUAUCCACCUGUCUCUACCGGAGCUUAUCCUAUGCCGCCCGUAUACCCGCCACUGGCAGCUCCUUAUCCCCCUCAGCCAUACCCUCCAGCUCAGCAGCCAUAUGGCUCCCACUAUUCUCAUGGUUCUUUAUAUCCAGGAGGGUAUACUCUAUACUGAGGCACAAUUCCUACUAAAGGUGCUGGUGUUGCAGAUUAAUACUAUUGACAUUAGAUUCACGUGUAUAUAAGAAAUUAAUUAAUAUUGUUUUAUUGAUUGGUUUUUUUACAUUGUAUUGUAAUUAUAUUUAAUACCCGUACGUACAUACAUGGUGCUGAUGGUAUAAAAUUUCUAUAUUAAGAUACUCG